UUCCAAAUACCACAAAUAUCUUAUAUUACCAAGCUGAUAAGAGCCUCUCUAUGUAGCUCUUCGUUCGGUUUUGCAAUGAAAAGCGCAGAAACCAACUUCAGAUAGAAUCGAUCGAGUUCAAGCUUUAUGAAUGUCGAGCAGGAUUUUCUGUUUAUAUGUUUCGUUUACUGUUGAUCUGUUAACAGUUGUUUGUUUUAAGGUAGUAUCUGCCUUCUCUCGUAGCCCAAGAUUUUGUAUAAGAACCACAAAAUUUAUCUGAAACCGCUAAUUUCGGCCGUUUCCAUCAACGACAUCAAAUACGUUUCUCAAGAAGGCAUUGUGCGCCCUUGGUUUAAGAUAAAUUGUGAUAGAGCUGUCUUGGUGUGGCACUGAGUGUAUACAUUUUAUCAAGUUUCUUUAGAAGACCCUUUUUGCAGUGCUCUGAGAGGUCAGUCAACUACAUCUCGCUCCAGGCGAUUUCAUUGUUUAUCUAAAUUACAGAUGACGUUUGUCUCUUCUUUCCGUUGGUAGUCAGAUGCGCUCCAUAGUUUGCCGCUAAUUUGCCUGAGAAAUCGUAGCUUCAUAUGCUUACAACAGGAAAAGCAACUGUCGCCGAAAUAUUCAAGUUAACUCUGGCGUAUAAUACAACGACAGAAACCAAUGUUUUUCAACGAGACAUUAAGGUGUUUUUUCGAAUUCCGACACAGAGGGUACAAGAUGAACUAAAUUUGUUAUAUAAACGUCGAGUCUUGAUCAAGCUGCGUGGGUCAAGGCUGCUCCAAGGGCAGUGCAAUUCAUUAAGAUUUCGCUUUGCUUCAAACAUUGGAAACGACGGAUCGAAUCACUAAUAUAACGGAGAAGAUCUGGACAACACCUUUACCGCCUUAACAAGGUUAGUUUUUAACUCAAAUUUGAGUUGGGAAGACCUCUCUUCUCCUUGGUGUCGAUCAAAUAUUAUCACGUUCUCUACUGAGCGUUGCUGCCUCGAGUGUGUUGAUUUUGUAUCAUCACAAAAACACACAAAAUAGUAAUACAGGUAAAACGGGAAUUUAUCAUCUAAAUUAAGCUUGUUAACUGUCAUUCUUAACUUUUUUGUUGGUUAUGCCCAAGAAGACAUCACCUAAAAAGAUAUUUGUUACAGGAUCUUUGUCAUUAUAAGGAAAUUAUAUUAAUUUCUCGGCUGUUAUUUAGAGCUAAAAACAAAACUACAUCUUAUAUUGGGGUCAAACGAGCUCCAUAUUUCAAAUAGCGAAAUUUAAAAUUCGGUUAAGUCUCUGAAACUAUUAUUAUUCUAUGAGAUGAACUACUUUUACGUUGUACUUUUAUGUGCACGAAAUUCUUCAGCUGCAUGAAAAUGCCAUCUAAUGCAAUUCCUGGCAAAGACCGAUUAUUCAAAGCCACAGAAUUGUUGCGCUUAAGUUAAGCAGUAUGCUGAUGGCAUGUGCUGUUUAAAUGUUUAUAUCGGUUGUUCUGAUGAAGUUAUAAGAGUACAAGUGCCUCGGGGUGAUAUUCGAAUCCUGCAUUCAGUGUCAUUCCGCCAUGCUCGGUUUGUUAUUCUACGGUCUCACUUGUGCGUAAUUCACCGAGAACCACUACACCAGGGUACGUUGCUACAAGGUUAAAAUCUUCAACCUUUUGAUUUUUGCUUUGUUUUAACAUCUUAAAUGUUCAAAUAUUCGUGGUUUGAGUCCUUCCGUUGUCACUCCACUUGCGGUUUUGGGGUGAAGUGCGUCGGCUUGAAAGACACAUGGCCAUCAAAACACAGGGUUCACAAUUCAUUUUCCUUUCUUUCAAGUAUGCCCUUGACACACUAGCGUGCUGAGAUUGUUAUUAAUUACCAGUCAACACAAAAACGGAAAAACUACUGAUUUAAUUUUUACAACAAAACAAACACAUCUAAGUAUAUAAUUAUCUCUUUUCUUAGUAUAGCUGUUGACUUUCAACGGCAUGCACUCCACGCAACUUUGAACCUCAUACUGAAUUUUUGACCCAGUUUGAACACGUUCUGGAGUAGUGCUUGAAACGUAAGACUCAUGAACGUGUGUUUUUAAGAAAUAAUAGGCUUAAUUUGAGACAGACAAUGUAAACUUGAAAAAGAAAAACCUGAUGCUGUGUGUUCACAUUAUAAGAUGAACUGUUUUUCGCUUUGUUUUCAUGCCGUCAGAGUUAGUCCCGUUAGAUUAACGAUGUUGGAAUACUGGGCUGUCGCUCUAAUCUAAGGUCAGUGCUAAUCCCACGGGCUGCAUUUGUAAAAGAAAAGCCUUUUAUAAGGCAUUUAACUUUUUCUUACAAAGAUGGAAGGUAAACAAGUUAGUCAUGAAACUAGCAUCCUAACGCGUUGAUGAUUUGCAACUGUUGUUUAGCAUAAAGCUGAAGUAAAAAGGUUGGAAAUCAAAAACUGAACCCGUCUACUUCCCUCACAGUAUGCUUGCUGCGAUUGGUUACACAGUAAAUAUCACGUAAACAAAAGGCUUUAAAAUCAAGUUUUUAAAAGUAUAUCUUCUCUAGCUAUAACUACGCAUACACAGUUUUUAAAUCUCUUAACGGCAGGGAUCUAUUCACCGGUUCUAUUGACAAAUGGUACCCCUUUCACAUACCUAGUUUAGAACUUCGCUUCCCUUUUAACUGCUGUAAAAGCACUGUAUUUAAAUAAAGAAUAAAUCACAAAACCAGAACCUCCAGUUUUCUCGACUUUUACACAACCAUAAAAUGUAUCUGUCAGCUCUUUUGGGCCUUCUUACGACCGAGAUGACAUAUUUCUCUACCCUUCCAUAUACUUCAACUGGGUAGUGAAAUUCCUACCCUUUCAUAUACCUAAAGCCUAUAGGUAUAGCUGUAGGAAGGUGACAAUUUAAUACUUGUAGAACAGGCCCCAAAGAAGAAAGUGUGUCUGCGCUUCUCGGACAAAUAAACCAAUACGUUGGCCUUCGUAGACUGUGGCCGUUGAGAGAUGUUCAACUUUAUAAUGCUUUUUUAAUUUUAUGGUGCCCAUUUCUUGGUCAGCCGUUUUCCUCUCAUCGCGCAAAAACGGUUGCCUAUUAGUGUUGUAAGUUAGCAUAUACAGACUUCAGAAGUAGCCUGCGUGCAAUCGUCCUCUAUUUCAUUUGUUUCCGAGUAUUGAGAUGUCUCAGACGCAGGCUAGUCAGAGGAGGACAUCACAGAUAACAUCACAACAGUGCUGUGCAUCAUGUUUUGAUUGGUUGAAAAUCUAUCGACGAAUAAACACCGAUGGUUAAUUUUCUAGCAAAAAGGACCUUUUUGCCUUGCGUCAGAGGUGAUUUCGUAUUGCCCUCUUGUUUUGUACAAAAAAAACCAAAAAUUCUAAUCGCUAACUUGCGACUAUAUGGACCAUCUUGUUUCUCUCUCGAGUUCAGGAAAUCAGAGGUCAUAGGAAAUUAAUGUCAUGAACUCUAUCAUGAACUAAGAGAGCAAACUAACGAACAAUUAUAGCCAAUCUGAUCACACUGUGGAGUCCGUUCCUCAUUUUUGGAGCUUUGGUCUUCUGUUGGAGAAAGAGCGCCAGCAAAGUGGACUGAAAAACCUGAAAUCAACUCGGUGAUCAGCGGCUACACACACUCAAAGUUUUGGGAAAGGAUGUUCCAAAACUACAUCAGAUCAUGCUUGCGAUUAGAGUACCUUAUUAGCGAUUCUCAGUUGUUCGCCUUUAAGCUAAUUUAACACGAACAGAAAGCCCUUGUGUGCGGAAAUUAGUUAAUUGAAUCUCCUUCCCAUAUUGCAAUGCUUAAUACGCAGGUAGGUAAAGAGAGAGUAAGACAACAUUUUCGCCGAUUUUCGCCUUGAAUGAUGUAGACGCAGAAACACGGCAUCUGAGAUACGUGUCCCUUUAGUGAGGUAAUUUAAAGAACAUGACGUUUUUCAUUCAUAUUUUAAAUGCGGACUGAUUUUGUUAUAAUUUGACCACAAUUAUCAGCAGUGUAAUAAACAGUAGAGCCUGUGUUUAAUAUAUUUAACUUCACCGAUUAUUACACACGAUUUUGCAACUGAGAGAUAAUUAAGCCCAUGACAACCAUUAGGGGAUUGUGUCAAUUCAAUUUCUUUUUCAGUCCAGAUAUCUGAGUUACUAAGGUUAUUUUGCUGUAAUAAGUAUUCUUAAUUACUUCAGUGUUUGUUCGUGACUGUUCGUUGGUCAUUUGAGUUAAUUAGGAACAUUCCUUACCGCUAGCUUUGAUCCAUAUUUAACACUAGCAUUUUUUUGGAGAAAAAUUUAGCACCGACUUUAUUUCUGAUCGCUCUGGUGUUGUAAAACCUAUUGGACGAUACAACUUUCUUUAGAUUGUGUACCUGUAUUAUCAGAAAAUGCCUUGACAAGCAAUUCAGUGUUCGAACGUUUUCCAUUCUGAUAAGUAUCUUGCAAUUCAGUCAGUCCGCGAUUAACGCUUAACUGAACAGUAACCUAACUUAACAGGUUUUCUUAAAUUAUUAGCUCAUUCAUGGUUUCUGUUGGAGUAUAUGAAGUCUAAAAUUCAGCGUCUGUUUUUUCCUCAUGUUAGCCGAUUAUUUUAAUGGGCGUAUUAUCAUGAAAGCAUUCUAACCUUCGUGCCAGUCUGUUUGGAAAAUAAUAGCAAAUAUGCCGCCUGCUGGGCUGUGGUUGAAUCUGCAAAAUAAAAGCAACUUAAACUCAUUGUAGACUAAAAGUUCUAAAAUAGGCGAAAUAGAAAUAGCUAUUCCCUACUGUGAUUAUAUUAAGAUAGGGGGUCUUUAGGACAAGUGUUCUGUACCCAACUACAAACCGCAAGUGUAGAUAACGGAAGUGCUUAAUAGCCUCACUGUUAAAUAGGCUAUUUUUAAAAAAGUUCUAGAAGUUUGCCGAACGUUCUUUAAAGUGAAAAUGAAUAGGAUUGAUGUCAACAGAGAACGAACUAAGCCGUCGCCAAAGUGUCUGUUCAAAGUAAAGAACCGGCAUUUCUUUAACGUAAUGUGAAGUUUUAUUGUAUGGAAAACGAUAAAAUUUUCACCGGAGUAUUCAAGGACUCUUAAAGAAAGCAUAGUACUUAUCAAUCAUACUGAUUGCAUGCCCUUUUUUGGUUAUGCAGUGAUCUUAAAAAAAAUUAUUUAUAAAAGUUCUAGAAGUUUGCCGAACGUUCUUGAAAGUAAAAAUAAAUAGGAUUGAUGUCAAUAGAGAACGAACUAAGCCGUCGCCAAAAUGUCCGUUCAAAGUAAAGAACCAGCAUUUCUUUAACGUAAUCUGAAGUUUAGUCGUAUGGAAAACGAUAAAAUGUUCGCCGUAGUAUUCAAGGACUCUUAGGGAAAGCAUAGUACAAAGUUAUCAAUCAUACUGAUAGCAUGCCCCUUUUUGGUUAUGCAGUGAUUUAACAAAAAAUUAAUUAUAAAAGUUCUAGAAGUUUGCCGAAUGUUCUUUAAAGUAAAAAUAAAUAGGAUUGAUGUCAAUCGGAGAACGAACUAAGCCGUCGCCAAAGUGUCCGUUCAAAGUAAAGAACCGGAAUUUCUUUAACGUAAUCUGAAGUUUAAUUGUAUGGAAAACGAUAAAAUGUUCGCCGGAGUAUUCAAUGACUCUUAAGGAAAGCAUAGUACAAAGUUAUCAAUCAUACUGAUAGCAUGCCCUUUUUUGGUUAUGCAGUGAUUUUAAAUAGAUUUCAAGUAACUCAUCGGAACGUGCUUCAAAGGUGAAACCGUUGGAGUAGUUUAGUCAAUAAAAAGGCUCUGAGCAGCAAAAAUGUUUAAAAUGUAAUCUUAUAGCCACGCUUAUAUGCUUCAAAAUAUGUACACAAACUCUAUUUGAAACCCAAAAAUGAUAAAACUAUCAGGAAUCACGGCAGAGGCGGAUCGGGAAUUUUUUCAAAGAGGCGGUUGUGAGUAUGAGAGUUGAAGGCACCCAGGGGCAAAGGAAUGGGGGAGGGAGGAGCGUUAUGGUUAGGGUUAGGGUUAGGGUUAUGUUUGAAUAUGUACAUUUUCUUAAUUUUGAUUUCAGAGGUAUAAAUUUGAGACACUAUUAUUAAGGACUAAGAGUACAGUGCAACAACGAUAGUUGUUUGUCUCUUUUCACCAGCCUGUGUAAUCAAACAGACUAGCUUGAAAGAGUCCUCUUGGAUGAGCCUUUACAAAGGUUUGACAUAUCUCGUCUUCCUCGAAUCUCUCGGAGUAGUACAUGGCGAUCACUGCGAGAUCAGAGAAUCGCUCUUCAGGCGUUGUUGACCUAGAGUGAGUCUUGAUUCAUUUCAUCAGUGAAAACGAUCGCUCAGCUUCUGCGAUUGUGAUCGGUAGGGUGCAGGCAACGACCAGAAGGCGAUAGAUGUUUGGGAAAGCAUCUUCAUCGCAAACACCAAGUGCUAAUAAAAGGCUGUUUGGAAGCUCCCUGUCUGUUGACUGACAGAGUGUUUUCCAUCUACGUACCUCCUUUGCAUGGUAUUUGGGAAAUGGAAUGUCUUUCUCCCAGAAGAGAAUGCCUUCUAUUUCAUCAUUUAGCUGCAGCUAGUGACUUAUUUACUAUAACCGAUGGCACUAGACAAAGCAAAUUGCGGGCGUGGUAAUCUUCGUCAAAAAUCUAUCUUGCAUUUGAAUGAUUAAGGAGUCAACAAAAAAGAAUAGCUUAAGUCUUCUUGUAAUGAUCGACUGGACUGGAACUUAUAUUACAAUUUAUUAUAUUUAUUUUGGUGUGAAAGAGGGAUAGACAUGGGUAGCCAGACAAGUUUGAAAACUUCCCAAAGGGGGGUGGGGAAGUUGCAGCCCCCUUAACCCUCCCCCUGGAUCCGCCUCUGAUCACGUGUUCUUAGUCAAAACUUAACUGCAGCGAUAACAUUACAUUACAAUUUCCUCAGUGGAUCGUCUAGCAGUUAUAGCCCUUAUACCAAUCCGGAUAGGGCUUCUGUUGACACAUAGCAACGGCGAUUCUGGCGCGAUUUCUGAAACGGAGCAAAGCUGCGCCGCGCUGACUUCGAAAGUAGAGCGUCACAUAUCGGCUAAAAAACGAAAAGAAGGAAGAACGAUUUUAUAUGUCUGAUAGGCUCCGGCUCCGGCUCUACGCAUGGCUGAACGGCCCACCAAAUCGCACGGGCGUAUUACUUAUUGCCUCUAAGCCAAACUGCCCCGAGCUUGGCUUAGGCCCCGUUUAUAUGGAGAAAACUUAUCCUAAGCAGAAGGAUCACUCGCCUACCCGAGCUACCCUUCACAUACCGUUAACAUGAGAUACAAAAAGCUGGCUCGGCUAGAAGGGUGACCCACCCAGCAGGGUCGCCUUUUUUCAAAGGUAGGGUCACCCUUCCUUACAGGGCCAAAUUUUUCUCCAUAUAAAAACUUUGGGUGGCCCAACCCGGGGCCAAUUUCUCGAAAGACCCGGAAAAUGUCGGUCCCGAAGGCAAACCUACUGAAUAUUAGCAGAAUAUAGCUAGAAUACAAGCCAACGACCAGUCCAAAUUUCUUCGGUUACUGAUAGUUUCAUUGUAUCAUUUUCAAAAUUAUUGAAACUUUGAAAUUGAAUGCAAACAAAACAAACACAAAACAGCUUUCCGGGCCCGAAAAGUUACCGGGACUUGGAGAAACAGGCCCCAGCACCAGGAAUCCAGAAUCCAUGGAAUGGGAUCCAGAAUCCAAGACUGUCUUGUAUUCCCUUAUAUGAGGCGAAAUGUUGUUGAAUAGAUUACCUGUUAUUAUAUUUCAGGUCAUCUUGUCAUUAUACAGUGGGGAAAGCGGACAAGGAUAUCUAAAUUCUUGGAUGCAGCAUUGGUUGAUUGUUGAACAUGACUGCUACUAACGCAAGUUUGAAUAACUCAAGUACUGGGGCCGCUGGAGGGUACCCAGAAAACACCUUAUCCCACAAGGUCAUAUCAUCGAUAGCGAUUCUGAUUCUCAUCAUUCUAACACUCUUCGGCAAUGGUCUUGUCGUAACAGCUUUCUACAUGUUCAAACGGAUUCGUAAAAGCGUCACAAACUGGUUCAUUCUAAGCCUAGCAGUUAGUGAUAUAAUGGUGGCAUUCGUCACAGAACCCAUCUGGCUGGCUGGCGAAAUUACAACUUGGAACUACCCGCCAGAAGUGGACGUGCAAACAUUCUCUUUGGCGUGGUCAAUGAUAGACAUCUUGUGUGCGAUUUCUUCUAUCUCCAACUUGAUGUUCAUUUCCAUCGAUCGCUACUUCGCAAUAAAACGUCCACUGAUUCACCACACAAAAAUGACCACGGGAACAUGCAAAUGGAUCAUCUUGGCUACCUGGAUCCAUGCUCUCGGAACAUCUUGCCUUUACUUGAUUACCCACAAGUCAAAGUACCUGGUCAUUUUCUUAUUUGCCUUCGUUGUUCCACUAUUGGUCAUUCUUUAUUGCUACGGUGUGAUUCUCUCUGUAGUCUUCAAAAGAUCUCGCUUCACAAACCGUCAUGGCAGGCGGCUUUCUAAUGAGUUUAAAACAGCCAAGAGCCUGAGUGUUGUGACUGGUGCAUUCAUCUUGUGUUGGCUUCCUUUCUUUUUGGCGUCUCUAGCCUAUCAAUACUGCAAAUCGUGUGCAACCGACAUUGACAGCAUACCGGCUAUAAGAUCAGCUGUGAAAUGGCUGCACUACCUAAACAGCUGCUUAAAUCCAAUAAUCUACGCUUUUCUGAAUCCUACUUUUAAGCUGGCUUUUAAGGGUGUCAUAAGACGAAUGUGCGGGAAAGAUUUUCAACACCUUUCCGAGAUGGAGACGUCUUUCAUGUCGUUUCGCAGUCGACAAAACACGUUCAACGACAAAAGCGGUAGUGGAAAGAAGAACUCAGAUACUGCCAUGCCGAACGGCAAUCUCAUGUCCCACAAAAAGCCUCUUUUAAAUCACACGGACACCGUGAAAAUGAAUGGAAUUGUCAGUCACGAGUCCAUCAGUGAUGACGGUAGCGUCGAAAGAGGCAUUGAGACGCCAGAAGAUAAACGCUCCAUUACUGAUCGAGUAACUCCUCCCCCGUCCUAUGACGACUGGUACCAGCUAGAACACGCCUCUAACAACAAUGAGUCCUUAAAGACUGAUUACAGCGAUAAAUCAUUGCCAAAAAUGGAUGGAAAAAUGCCAGAACCAAGAGGCAAACAGAUUGAACGAACAGUAUCGUUUGACGAAGAAGUCAAAGUUUGCGGUGAAAACGCGUUAGAAAAGGACGAUUUUGUUUUCCAACGUCAUUUCUCCACCUACCACGACGAGGAGAAAAAUAAAACUUAUUUGCUCGUAGAUGGAGUAACGGUUCCUGACGGUGAAAUAAGGACAACGGAUGUAUGA